AAAAAAUCAUGUCACACAUUUUAUAAGAGCAAUUUCACUGGGUGGUUGGCACCAUUCCAAGUAUUAAAAAAAGCCGGUCUAAUAACCUCAGAGGAAGGACUCGGGGAGUUCUUUGGAGAAUCUUGUGCACCAAGUGCUUCUAAGACGUCACCUCUUUGUCAGCAGUGCGUCGGAGACAUGGAGUCCCAAGACGAUCAGACCAAAGAAGCGACUAGAUGUCAGCCUACCCAAGCGGAAGAUUUUAGUGGCAGUAAAGGAGCUCUCUCAAGCUUGACAAGCGGCCAUGGAGACGUUGCCUUCGUUCCUCAUACAGUAUUAGAAAAAAUAAAGCAUGAUAACACUUCAGAUAUCAAAAUCUCCGACUUGAUGCUACUUUGUUCAAACGGAGGAGUAUCUUCAAUUGACAAAUACCAAGACUGUAAUUUAGGAUACGAACCACCGCGAGUUAUUGUCAGUCACGCGGGCAAGUCUGACUAUGUUUUGGAAAAACUGACUCAUGGUGUUCUUACUGCUACCAGUUUGUUGUAUCCAAAAUAA